AUGGCGCAAAGAUCACUUAAAAACGGAGUAGUAAAUCUGGAGCAAAAACGGUAAUGCCACAUUUGCAUACCAAUUAACAUGGGGUUGGUUGUGAAUAAGGGGGUAAAUGUGACAUUCAUCAGCCAGGUUUGCGCCAGAUUUAACCGUCAGUUUUCAUAUUGCGACAUAUUUGCCAAGAGCAAUUUUGGGCGAAUCCAUUUUUCGACCAAUUAUUAUAACACGGUAAGACGACGGUCUCUCAGGCAGUGCCCAACAAUUCGUGCUCUACUCUUAAUGAAAUGAUCAUAUACGGUGUUCUUUUGGCAUGUUUGUCUUUUUAUUGUAAACAGAAAUUGACUUCCUGGUAGCAGUGAAAGCAAAAAUAUCUCACUUUAAAAGAGACCUCCACUCAAGAGAAUCAUACUUCAUAUACUCAAGAAAAGAGAGCGUAUCGGCUUUACAGAUAACUCCAAACUGAAACUACGGUAAUCACUGCACAAUAAUUCGUCGAGUCUUUCGAAAACCUAUUUUAGUUUACAAGAGUUUACAUGUGUUUGGAGUGUUCUUUUAUUUCAGUCUAUUAUUUUGAUGACACAAAAGAUAAUAAGCAUAACUCAAACUUGAUUUACAUAUUGUGACAAAUUCUGUAGCGAAUUCAGGAAAAGAUAUUCAAACUGCCAAUAAUUAAUAUAACUCAAGGAUACCUUUCAUUACAGAAUAUUUAAUUUUUGGCAGGAUCAAUGACCUUGAUAAACUGAAACGCGAAAUUUGUUCUUGCUCAACUUACUGAUAUGUCAGCGAUCAUGUUCACUAAAAGAUUCUGAUGAGUCAUCAAACACGAGUAUUCUACACAUCUUCGAGGUGUACACAUAAAGGCUACCUUUUCAUUUGAUCCAAAAACACUGAUUCAACCAUGACUUUCAGAAACUGGAAUUUCGUCUUUCUUGUCCUUACCUGUUUCAUUUUUUCUACUUGUUUUGCAAAAAACAAACCUCAAAGCGGCGGUUCGAACUCAGCGAUGUACGCAAGUGAAAAACCACGUCAACCGAUGGACCAAACCUUUAACAUCAACAACUGGGGCUUCGGAAGCGCUGAUCGAAAAACUUUAAUGCAGAUAAAAUCCAAAAUCGACUCUCUUUAUGGGCCGAAAUCUACCCCAACAGGUAUCUCAUUUACAUUCAAUAUAUUUGAAAAUUAUAGGCUUGAUAUUAAAAGAUAGUGGCUGAUAUCACGAGGCUUAAUGUCAUAAUACUAACGAAAUAUGUUCUAGUUUCAGUUUGUCCUCAAGAUGGUUGGGUCCGCUACGGAAACUUCGGUUACCUCAUCAUCAACAUUCGAACCCUGAAAUGGAGCGAUGCUCGACGAACGUGUCAGAUGCUUGGAGGAGACCUCGCUAUAAUAAAAUCAGCUGCUGAGAAUAACUUCAUAUUCAGCUUGCUCAAGAAACAGAAAACCAUCACCGAUUGGGGUUUGUGGCUUGGUUUUGUCCGGAAGGCAGACAACAAGUUCUACUGGAUUGAUGACACUCCACUGGCGAAAGGUUACACGGCUUGGGGAAGCGGAGAACCAAACAAUGCUGGUGGGAAUGAAAAGUGUGGAAACAUGUUUGGCUCAGCAGGAGGCAAGUGGAACGACUUACCUUGCGAUGUCGAUCCGGCAAAGCUUUGGAAAUACGCUCCAGUUCUCCUUUGCAAGAAAAAGCAAAUUAGCUGA